AUGUUCACGAUCUCGCAUGAAGCAGCUGAUCUCAGCUCUCACUGUGUUUCCUGUAUUUACAGAGACUUUGUGGAGCAGCACUAUGUAACUCUGAAGAAGUCCAACCCAGAAUUCCCCAUCCUGAUCCGAGAGUGUUCGGGAGUCCCGGCCCGGGUCUGGGCCAGAUACGAUUUCGGCAAAGAGAGCAGCAUCUCCGUGGACAAUAUGUCAGCUGAUCAGGUGGCCUCAGCUCUGCACACGCUGGUUCAGCCCAAACCCUAACUCCCCCCAACUGAAGUGGUUCAGUCAAGGACUCGUCUGUAAAUGUGUUCAUGUGAAUAAAUACAAAUUAUUUAACGUCA